CUCCGUCCCGUCGAAGCGACCUGGAGUCCUUGGGUUACUGCCUGGCAAAAUGGCUGUGGGGUGCCCUUCCCUGGUCUGCGGAGGUUGAAGACCCCUGCGUGGUCAGAGAGGAAAAAGAAAGGUACAAAGCGGAUAUUAUCAAAAGUCCAAGACAGUCCUCCAGUUGGGGAGCCUUACCAG